AUGUCGGAGUUUUCGCAGUCGCUGCAGUUGGGAAACAGCACACUGGAAGCGCUCGAAAGGCAAUUUACACCGCCCGCUCCGGAUCAACGGCGGCCACUGACGAGAGCCGCGUGCGCCAGGAAGGAAGGGAAGCCAUCGCAAAAGCAAAACAGCACCGAAGAUGUGAUCGAAGAAUCGCCCACCAGCGGCAAGAUCGAAGCCGUGGGACAGCGCAGUGUCCGCGAGAGACUUAAAACUCUUUCCACGCAGUGCAGAAAGCCGCGUCGAAAACGGUUGCCGACAGAGCAAUCGUCGUCAACCACUAGGAACGGGGACGAUCGGUCUUCCAGUGUGAUGUGUAACGGGGAAUCCGGCGACGGGGAAUCCGUGGGCAAUGCCGACGGUAGCGCACGCUUGAAACGGCCGCACGACGACCCUGCGCUCGAGGGUCAAUCACCGGAAAAACUGCUCUCGGAACACGGCAGUAACGCCACCAAUUUGAACGAACUGUUUGAGUGCACCACAUUCUCGGUGGAUGAUCGUAGCCACAGGAGCAAAGAGGACGAGCCAAUAGGUAACUAUCAGUCAAUGUUUAAUAUGAGUGAUUUCACCCUUGAGCAGCAACAGGAUGGAAGCAGAUCCGACGCAGACCAACAGACAUCCUUCCAUCGACGGUCAACGACCGUGCUGGUACCAGGUAGCGUGGAAGACGGCACUGAGCUCGAGGUGUACAGUGAAACACUGUUCGAUCAGGCCCUUUCGAGCGAGAAACUUCUCGUCAGCGAUCUGGAGCAAACGUUGCGCGUGAGUCCCACGUCCGGUGAUGUGGAUUUUGCAUUUAACGUGGAAGCCGUUACAUUUUCGCAACCACUAACUGCGAACACGCUGGUCUCGCACAAUGAAACGUGUGAGAAUGAAUGGCAAGAUCGUGAGGCGCACGAGUCAUUUAUUGCUGUCGAAGUGGCCAACUCCCGCCUGGAAUUGGACAAAUCUCUGGCGGCGCAGGUUGCAACGAGCUGUAACGAAAGUGCACAGUUUUCCGAAAGCGUAAACCGUAGCUCCGUUUCUUCAGGCCAUCGGAGGGCACGGACCGAAGAGAGCGUUCAAGAUCCAGCGCACGCCCCCAGUAUGAGCUUCGAUCAAGCGAAGGACCUUCGGCUGCUGGGCAGCUGGGGUUUACCCGACGCCGUGACAAAGCAGUACGCGAAGAAGGGCAUCGUCGAGCUGUUCCCCUGGCAAGUGGAGUGUCUAUCAAGGAAAGAGGUUCUUCUGGAAUCGAAAAACCUCGUGUACAGUGCUCCGACGUCCGCUGGCAAGACGCUUGUGGCCGAGUUUCUGAUCGCCAAAACGAUCACCGAGCGCAAACGGAAGGCGCUGCUCAUCGUACCGUUUGUGGCGGUGGCACGUGAAAAGACCCACUACCUGCAGGAUCUGCUUGGGUGCGGUGGAGGGAUGCGUGUGGACGGGUUCUACGGCGGGUGUCACCCGGCCGGUGGUUUCGAGUCCGUCGAUUUGGCCAUCUGCACGAUCGAAAAAGCCAACUCAAUCGUGAACCGCUUGCUCGAACAACCGGACGGUCUCGCCGUGCUCGGCUUGGUGGUCGUUGACGAGGUGCACCUUAUUUCAGAUACCUCGCGGGGCUACAUUCUGGAGCUGUUGCUGACGAAGGUGCGUUUUGUGGCCCGCCGAUCACAGCUCCCGAUUCAGAUCGUGUGCAUGUCGGCUACGCUACCCAACGUGGAACUACUGGCUCGCUGGCUCGAAGCCGACUUCUAUCACACGGACUACCGUCCGAUCGCACUGGUCGAGCUACUAAAAGUGGGUGAUCGCGUCGAAGAUCCCUCCUCGUUGGUUAUCCGCCGACUCGACGGAACGCUGCUCGGUUGUCCGAUCCCGCGCGAUCCCGAUCAUGUAGUACUGCUGUGCCUUGAGACGCUACUCGAGGGCUGCUCGGUGAUCGUAUUCUGUCCGUCGAAAGACUGGUGCGAACAGUUGGCCAUUACGAUGGCCAGCACGGUGCACGGGCUGAAGAAGGAAGAUCAUCCUCACCGGGAGCUGCGCGCGAAGCUGCACCUACAGCUGGAUGGUCCGAGACAGGAGGAGGUGCUGUUGCAGCUACGCAAUUCGCCGGCCGGACUGGACAGUGUGCUGGCGACAACCGUGCGCUAUGGCAUCGCGUUCCACCACGCCGGUCUGACGACCGACGAGCGUGACAUUAUCGAAGGAUCGUUCCGCGACGGAGCGCUGCGCAUCAUUGUGGCCACCAGCACACUUAGCAGCGGCGUUAAUCUGCCCGCACGGCGUGUCAUCGUUCGAACACCGAAAUUCGGGGGCCGCCCGAUCAGCUCGCUCGCCUACAGGCAGAUGAUUGGACGCGCCGGUCGCAAGGGCCGCGACACGGCCGGUGAAUCGGUGCUGAUCUGCACACCGGCCGAGGAACGGAUCGGGCGCGAGUUGAUCGCAGCCGAACUACCUCCCGUUCGCUCGUGCCUAGAUGCUGACAAUUACAUCCACCUGAAACGGGCCGUGCUGGAGAUCGUAGCAUCCGGAAAUGCGCCCAGUACGCAGUUGCUGGAAGAGUUCGUCAAUACAACGCUGUACAGUUGUGAACGAUCGUACCGCUUCGUUGUGACCGAUCAGCUUCUGGUACCACUCGUAACUACCAAUAAGCCCACGGGAGACGAGGUCCCGGAUCGAUCCGACCCGAUUGCCUCUUGUGUCGGAUUUCUGCUUGAGUACGAGUUCAUUCGGUUACAGGAAACGCCGGAGGCAUGCACCGUCCUAACCGCCACCCGGUUGGGUCACGCGUGUCUCGCCUCUUCGCUUCCGCCGAAGGAGGGCUUUCUGCUGUUCGGUGAGCUGCAAAAGGCGCGCCAGUGUUUUGUGCUCGAGUCGGAACUGCACGCCGUGUACCUCGUGACGCCGUACUCCGUCGCCUACCAGUGGCAGUCGAUCGGGUGGAUGGAUUUUCUCGACCUCUGGGAGAAACUGCCGGCCUCGGCCCGGCGUGUCGGCGAGCUGGUGGGUGUGCGGGAAUCGUUCAUGGUGCGUGCCAUGCGUGGGACCGCCAACCUCGACUAUCGCGCCCUCCAGAUACACAAACGCUUCUACACAGCGCUGGCCCUGCUCGAGCUGGUCAACGAGGUGCCGCUCGGUACCGUGGCCCGCCGCUUUAAGUGCUGCCGCGGGCUGCUGCAGAGCUUGCAACAGUCCUCGUCCACCUUUGCAGGAAUCGUGGCGUCUUUCUGUGCUUCGCUCAAGUGGACGCUGCUGCACCUGAUCGUGGCCCAGUUCCGGGAGCGACUGUUUUUCGGCGUGGCACACGAACUGCUCGAUCUUAUGCGUAUCCCAUCGCUAAACGGGCAGCGGGCCCGCACACUGUACGAUGCCGGCAUCACCGGCUUGGCUCAGCUCGCCAACAGUGAUCGGCUGACGGUCGAGCAGAUUCUUUUUAAUUGCAGCAGCUUUGACAUGGACAGGGUUCGCGACGGGGAACACGAAUCCGAGGCGGCACGGCGCCGCCAGCUGCGAAACCUGUUCCUCACCGGUCGCACCGGAAUGACGGUUCCGGAGGCAACACGUUUGCUCAUUCAAGAAGCUCGAACCUUUCUGCAGCUGGAAACGGGACUGGAGAACCCUUGUUGGGCAAAAGAGGAGAAGGAAGAGCAGGGCGACAAGGAGGGAUCGGUACAAUCACUGACUCCACACCAGAACCAACCGGGACCUAAUCAGAACAAUACCCCACUCGAACACACCGACGGUGUAUCGUCGGACGAUAUCAUUCUAUCGCGUGGCGAUUGCUCCGAAACAGCGAAUCAAUUCCACAAUCCACUACUGAUGGGGCACGAUCCCAAACCAGAACCAGGUCAACACGCAGUACCCUGGCCAAUGAUCAUCGACGUAUGUGAGGAUCAGUCCGUGUACAAACGAUUUGUGACCACCGUCACCGGCGAUUGUGAUUCGAUUUCACUAUCUCUGGCUGUUGCCUACGACCCGGAUGGUGGGCGGCAGCUCGAUCGGAACAGACCAAAAAUCGGUGCCCACCUUGAUCAGCGGCAGCCAAUGCAAACUGAGCACGAAACCCCAGCCGAGCCCCGGCGUCACAUCUUCGAACUGAAAGACGGUCUUUACCUCGCCGGAAUUGCGAUCGCGACGCAAUCCACAACAGAGUCCGAGGUCUACUACGUCGACCUGGAUACUGACUGUGUGGCGACCGUCGGUAUAGACGAAAAGCGCCAGUUUGUGCGUGAUCUGCUGCGAAACGAUCGGCUCGUCGUUGCGUUGCUCGACGCGAAGGAACAGCUCAAAGUGGCGUACCGAUCCGGAUUGCUGCGAUUCGGUGACGUUGACGACCGGGGUGAUGCUGGCUGGGACGAGGUACUGUGCGUGAUGGAGGAUCCUCGCGUUGCCAGUUGGUUGCUGCAAACGGAUGAUAAAAUGCUCUCGCUCGAUGCGAUAAUCGAGCGACACUGCCCGGAGCUAAAGGCGCUACCGAAAGGACCGAAAAUGCACGGUGGUCCGGCCGAUGCCAAACAACGGUGCGCAAGAGAAUGUCUGAUCGUCGGCAAGUUGAUGGACCCGAUUCGGAGGUCACUGGCAGCAACUGGACUGAGCACGUGUUUUGCAUCGCGAGAAAUGCCCGUGCACGUGGUGUUGGCCAGAGCCGAGGUGGUCGGCUUUCCUGUCAAUCGCCAGCGGCUGGGCGAAACGAUCAACCGUCUCAAAGCCUGCCGAGAACGUAUCGCUGAAGACGCCCGCCUACUGAACGGCAACCGGCGGCUCGAUUUUGGGUCAUCGCGUGCCGUAGCCGCGGCACUGCGGCUUGCCAGCGGUGGCAAGCGUCGCCGGACGGUGCGGCAAGUUUUGGAACAGCUCGACCAUCCGCUUGCGGCGCUCGUCAUUGCGCACCGCAAGAUUGAGAGUAAUCUGGCGCGAACAAUCGAACCACUGUACCGCACAAUCGAUCCGGCCACGGAGCGUGUGCACGGCCGCAGCAAUAGCUUCACUGCGACCGGGCGUAUCACCAUGCACGAACCCAACCUGCAAACGGUCGUGAAAGAUUUUGACGUUCCGGCCCCACUAGGAUCGGCGCCGCUCGGCAAAGCGGAACACUUUAGUUGCCGCGGGACAUUCGCGUGCCGUGAUCCCGAUCGGCGGGUGCUACUGUCCGCCGACUACUGUCAGCUCGAACUGUGCAUACUGACCCACCUAUCCCAAGACGCGCGGUUGACGAGUGCGUUGGGUAGCGCCAGGGACGUAUUCCGCUCGCUGGCCGCCCGCUGGAACCAGCUCGAGAACGAGUCGGCGGUCAGCGACCAGCUGAGAUCGCGCACGAAAGCAAUCGUGUACGGUGUUAUCUAUGGCAUGGGCGUACGAGCGAUGGCGGCCGAGCUGCAGGCGGACGAAGACUGUGCCCGCACGCUGAUGGAGCAAUUUCACGCCUCCUACCCGGACAUUCGGCGCUACACCGAGCGCAUCGUGCGGCUGACACGGCAACUCGGGUACAUCGAAACGCUGACCGGACGGCGCCGGUACCUGCCCAGUAUCAACAGCACGGACCCGGUGCUGCGCUCCGAAGCGGAACGGCAAGCCGUUUGCACUACGAUCCAGGGUUCGGCAGCCGACAUUCUGAAGAACGCGAUCGUGCGCAUGACACGCAACCUACGCCGGUACCGCGAUGUGCUUGAUGUCGGUGCGAUCCACCUGGUGCUGCACCUGCACGAUGAGCUCAUAUUCGAGGUGCCGCGCGCCCAGUUGCCGAAGGUGGCCAAAAUUCUCAGGUCCAGCAUGGAGAACUGCGUCAAGCUGAGUGUGCCGCUGCGUGUGAAGCUUAAAUCGGGCGACAGUUGGGGAACGAUGCGUGAGUUGCCGCACGCGGCAACCCCACUGGCCAGCCGGUCUGGAAUAACGGUGGAUGGGAUUCGGGAUCAAUAA